AUGGUCAGUGAUCCCGGAGUGGGGAUGCUCAGUGAUCCUGGAGCCGGGAUGCUCAGUGAUCCCUCAGUGGGGAUGGUCAGUGAUUCCGCAGCGGGGAUAGUCACCAAGAUUGGAGCAUGGACGGUCAGCGAUCCUGGAGCGGGGAUUGGCCGUAAUCCAGGAGCACGGAUGAUCAAUGAUCCUGGAGUGGGGAUGGUUAGUAAUCCCGCAGUGGGGCUGCUCAGUGAUCCCACAGUGAGGAUGGUCAGUGAUCCCAGAGCGGGGAUGGUCAGUGAUUCCAGAUUUGGGAUGGUCACCGACUCCAGAGUUGGAAUGGUCCGUGAUCCCAGUGAGGGGAUGGUCAGUGAUCCCAGAGCAGGGAUGGUCCGUGAUCCCAGUGAGGGGAUGCUCAGUGAUCCCGGAGCGGGGAUGGUCCGUGAUCCCGGAGCGGGGAUGGUCUGGGAUCCCAGAGUGGGAAUGUGUGGUGAUGUUCUCAUUCCUAGGGGUGAAAUAUUUGAUCGGAUUGGCCAAGCAGAGCGGGACAGUCUGAAACAUGUGUUUGAAGAGGGCGGUCUUCCUAACCUGGUCUCUCAGAUUUUGAGCUGUGGGUUGGAACAGGAUGGUAUUGUCGUCAAUGUGGGUGUGAUUGGGGAGGCUGGUGCUGGGAAAUCCUCGCUGGUUAAUGCUCUGCGCGGUGUUCCUGAUGACCACCCUGGAGCAGCUCCUACUGGGGUGACCGAAACCACUGUGGCUCCAAGCCCUUACCCACACCCUGCCUUCCAUCACGUUGUCCUCUGGGACCUGCCUGGCUUAGGGACCCCUGACUUUCAGGUGGAGAGCUACCGGGAGAAGGUGGGCUUCCAUCGCUAUGACUUUUUCAUCAUCGUGGCUUCGGAACGUUUCAAAGCGAGUCAUACCACUCUUGCCCAAUGGAUCCAGGAGAGCGGUGCCCAUUUUUACUUUGUCCGCAGUAAGAUUGACAAUGACAUUGCAGUGUGUCAGAGACAGCAAGGCACAAUCACAGACCAACACGAGACAUUACACAAGAUCAGGGAAGAGGCAGUGAACUAUCUAACGCAACAAGGAGUGCACUCUCCUCAAGUCUUCCUCAUAUCUUCCCCAUUCUUUGAAGAUUAUGAUUCAAAGCAGCUGCAAGAGACUUUGGAAAGGGAUGUGCCCAAGUUCAGGAAGCAAGCGUUUCUGAAAAGCAUCCACCCUGUGUGUUCCGGAUUCAUCACGAGGAAG